AUGAAGAUAGCAGCUUUCAACAUCCAGAAAUUUGGAAGGUCCAAAAUUUCAGACCCAGCUGUACUCUCCACCCUUAUAAAGAUAAUAUCACGCUAUGACAUCACUGUUAUCCUGGAAGUGGUGGAUGCUAGUGGCACCUCAGUUGACACACUUUUGGAAGAGUUAAACAAGUUUAACAAGAAACAUCAUUACACACUGCAAAUCAGUUCACGCCUGGGAAGGACGAGAUACAAGGAACAAUUUAUGUUUCUCUACAGGGAUGACUUGGUUGACUUAAUUGGUUCUUACCAAUAUGAGGAUAAUAAGGAGGGAGAGGAAGAUGUUUUUGCCAGAGAACCAUACAUCCUUCGCUUCAGAUGUCUCACCACUGUGUUGAAAGAUUUGGUACUGAUGCCUGUACACACAAAGCCUGAUGCCUCAGUAAAAGAACUUGAUGAGCUUUACGAUGUGUUCCUGGAGGUGAAGAAGAAAUGGAACACUGAUAAUGUUAUGAUACUGGGAGACUUCAAUGCUGACGGGAGCUACGUGUCGAACAGGGAAAUGAAGGAAAUUCGGAUCCGCACCGACAAGAAAUUCCACUGGCUCAUCAGAGACAAUGUGGACACCACAACCAGCAUAGGCAAUGACAACACAUAUGACAGGAUUGUGGUAUAUGGAGAUGAUAUGCUUAACGCCAUAGUGCCGCACUCUGCCAAAACAUUUAACUUCCAACAGGAAUUUGGAUUAACAGAGGAAGAAGCACUCAAAGUGAGUGAUCACUACCCAGUUGAAGUGGAACUGAAAAGAUAUUCACGUAACCAGGGUCCCAAAACUGAGGAUAAACAACUGGGAAAAGAGGAAACAUUUGCGGAACUACUCGAUCUGAAAAAGGGAAAUCUGCUUCUGGAGCGUGAGAAGCUGAAUUUAGAGAUUAAGAUGCUGAAGCUCACAUUGGCUAAACUGGAACACAAUGAUACAACUGGAGCCCUCAACCUCUGA